AUGCGUCUUCUGGAUACACGUACCCUGGAGCUGAAGGCUUUUGUCGAUAGCAUCCCGCCGUAUGCCAUACUCUCUCAUUGUUGGACCGACGAUGAAGUUGUAUUCUCCGACCUAGCCGACUUGGAACAGGCUAGGAAGAAGAAGGGAUUCUCAAAAAUUGAAAAGACAUGCGAACUUGCGAUUGGGGAUGGAUUUGAUUACGCAUGGAUUGAUACCUGCUGCAUCGACAAAAGUAGUAGUGCUGAACUCUCGGAAGCUAUCAACAGCAUGUUUGCAUGGUACAGAGACUCAGAGCAAUGCUAUGCGUAUCUCGCCGACGUUGAACUUCAAGGCGCGUUUGCGCAAGGGGAAGCGGCGAGGCAUCAGAACAUCUUCUCACUCAGCAAAUGGUUCACGCGCGCUUGGACGUUGCAAGAGUUACUGGCUCCUAGUAAUCUGCAAUCUGGUAGAGACGAGGGCAUGAAAUUCUACUCUCGCGACUGGCAACUUCUGGGAAGCAAGGCCAGUAUUGGCAGGCGAAUAUCGCAGAUCACAGGCAUUCCCAUGGAGUAUCUCGAGGGCCAGAGCCUUGAAACCGCGAGCAUCAGUAUGCGAAUGUCAUGGGCUGCAGACAGACAGGCGACAAGAUCUGAAGAUAUCGCGUACAGUCUGCUUGGAAUUUUCGAUGUCAACAUGCCUUUGCUGUAUGGCGAG